GAAAGGAGGUUUUUUUUGUUGUCUGACUGAGAAGUUUUUCAAACUACAACUGUACCGUGUCGCACUCACUGCUGGUUGUGUUAGUUAUCGCAGCAAGCUUGGAUUACCGCCGUUGUUUUUGUGUUCGUCGAUGAAGUGGAGAAAUUUGGAAUAAUUAGGUGAUGAAAGUAAUUAAAGUUAAAGUGCUUUUCCGUAAAGUUCUUUCGUGAGUAUGUGAGCAUUAAAAGAGUGCUAGGCUGUUACAAGUGUGAGAGGGAGAGAUAAGCUGAAGUUACAAAAAAAAGUAAUGCGCUCGGCUUAGCGCCUCCGUCGGAGUGAAGAAAAAGGGGUAGAAAGAAGAGUUCGAGUUGUGUCAAAGCGUGCGAAAAAAGAAAAACAACAACAAAGUAGGUAAAGAGCUGUUAGUAGUGAAGAGUGGUGUGAAUUUUUGUUUGAAUAAAACGUCUGAAGAAUAUAAUUGAUCGGUUGCACGUGGUGUGUGCGCCGGAGAAGGAGCUCCCCCCUCACCACUAAGUUAAUUGGAUUAAAACAGCUUCAUUCGUGCGGUUGGAGCAGCAGCUCUUGACUCUACUUGAGUGUGAAGUAGAAAGGCUGCACGGCAACGUUAAAGAAUGUAUCACAGGUCGUCCUCGUCAUCGUCGUCGUCGUCACCACAGCCACCGCCUCCACCGCCACUCCCAACAUCAUCAGUUCUACCCCCAUCGUCAUCAGGAGGAACAACAACACAUGCAGCCACCCUACCACGACCGUCAUCCAGCGGUGGCCUCCAUCAAAUACAACGCCACACGCUCCAACAACAACAGCAACAGCAGCAAUCCCAACAACACUUCCAUCUGGUGCGCGGUGGAUCAAAUCCGACACUGCAACGACUGUCUCCGCCUUCGCUUCUUACGGAAACCAACCCGCAAAGACUGAAUGUGAUUCAAAACCAGACCGGUGCGGAUCAAAACCAACCACCGUCAUCGCGACCAGUCGUCUAUCAGAGUGGCCACCCGAAUCAUCAUCAAUCUAAACAACAACAACAGCUAAAGGCCGGGCCAAGACCCACCUACGGUGCCUAUACGAAUAACACAUUACCGCGAGGGCCUUAUCUUCAGUAUAAGUAUAACAAUAUUAGCAGUAUUCCGAACGGCGACAAUAACAGUGCUGCCAGUGGCAGCAACGGCGGCGCUAGCAAUAAUAAGCAGGACCACCAGGCCCGACAGAUUGAAGCUCUGCGCACCGAAUUCCUAGAGCUGGCCAGCAGUCGGGCCCAACAGCAGCAACGAAGGCUUCAACAACAGCAGCAGCAACAGCAACAACCACCACAACGGAAGAAUCACACCAGCAGCAAUCCACCCGACAGUGCAAGUGGCGAUGAGCGGGAAUCGCUUAGGAGCACUAAAUCCGGAACGUCGACCGGUUCUUCAACGGCUACGGCGGCCACUGCGAUCGUGGGCACCGUCGGUACUUACCAGCAUUAUCAACAGCAACUACAACAACAGCAACAACAACAGCAGCAGCAACAACAUCAAACACAACUCCAACCGAAUCAAGCAGGCUGUGCCAGUAGUAGUAGUUGUAGUAGUAGAAGUAGCAAUAGUAACCCUUGUAGCAGUAAGCGUCAUAACAACCAGGAACAGCAUCAGCAUCAUCAUCACUAUCAUCAUGUUCAUCAUCAGCCACUUCAUCAACAGCAACAUCAACAAAAACAACAACUGAAUGUAAACAAUGAGCGAAAUCAAAGACUUCCUGGAUUGAGCCGGGGAACUGAAAGUGAUGGAGGCGGUGGCGUCGGAGGAGGAGCAGGAAGUGGCAGAUCCUCCGCAGGUGGCUACUGUCUUAACUACGUCAACCUAGCGGAUGUGGUGGCCCUCAAAAAAAUCAGCCAACCGGAAGGUUGGGCUCUGCUGUGCCAAUCGGUGCAGGCCCUGCAGGAUCUGUUUUUGGCCGACACCCCAUCGAUAACGAAGGUCCGGCCGCUAAUUUCACCCACCGGACUGCAGAUAACCGCCCGCGGCCGUGUCGUGUUCAAUCUGGUAUCGGUCCAGCAGCCGAUCCAGAUUCAAGAAGGAACCGGCACCACCCAGCAGCUGCCAAGCGCCGCUGGCCCCUUUCUGGACAUGAAAAGCUACCUAUCACCGGAGUACGUCAACAGCCUGGGCAAGAAGAUCAACUUUUCCGAGUCGGACAUUGAGAAGAUGUGGAUCUAUUCGCUUGGGGUGACGCUGCAAAAAACUAUCUCAUCCUUUUCGGUCAACUAUCGCCGGCACUUGAGUUGUGCUGUGGGUGGUGGUGGUGCCGGAGGAACGGAAAAUUACGAGCUGAUGAAUGGGAUCCAGCGGGAACAGCAGCAGCAGCAGCUACAACUACUAGGAGGAAACGGAAAGGAUACGGCUGACAGUGCCGACGAGGAUGGACUUACGUCGCUGGACCAUGUAAUUCUGGCAAUGUGCGAGGCGAAUCUGUACAAGCGGGCCAGCCUCAUGUUUCUGUUGGAUAUCAUCUCCGACUACUGUAAAAACCACCAUCUGUACAAACCCUUCUCGCACAUGGUAAUCGAUUUGUUCAAGGAAGUCGUCGCAUCCGUAUCCACACGAAUCGAGAUCAAACAGGCACCACCCGCUGCAUUGGUACCUCCUCCUCCCUCACAGCCAAAACCCCUAACUCAACAACCCGCACCGCAACAGCACAAGCCGAUAACAACCGAGUGCUAUGAGGAACAAAAAAGCGACACCGACUCGGGUCGCAGUUCCGACCACGGCGAACUGGAGAUCCAUCGGAAACUCGCUUCCACAAAGUCCGCCCCGAUCAACUACGGCAUCACCAUCAGCGGGCACGAUCUGGAACAGGCUCGCUAUUUUGGCUCAACUGCUAACCUACGGGUAAAGCGAGCGGAACAACCACCGGAUAACACCUUAGCGGGAGACGUUGGGAAGUUUCGGUCGCUACCGCGACCUACCGAAUCCGGGCAGCGUUUGGAACCGGUACGAAACUAUGCAACGAUUGGGUACUCGAAGAGUACUCGGGCAACUGCCGAAAGCGAUCCGAAGAAACUGCAUGUCGUUAGAAGACGUCACAAUGCUGAGAUGAUGAGGAAGAGGAAUGAUUUUCGACGGAAUACGAUCGAUGUGACGAUGGUGGAGGUUAAGAUGGCGGAGGUGCAGAAGCAGCAGCAGGCAGCUGGGCGGUUGAUGCGAAGUCACACCCGGUUGAUUCCGUCAAAGUCGACCAACCAGCUGAAUUUGAUUGGUGGUGGGAAUGACUUUCAGCGGAAGAUCGACGAGAUGAGUUUUAAUGCGACGUCGAUGCCGAAUCUUGGAGCUCCGCUGGUGUCGGUACAGCAGGCUAACCUGUUGAACGUUAGGCGUCGGAGAGACGACUAUCCGCUGAGAAAAUCGAGCAGCCGAUUCGAAGCGCUGGACGAAGUCGGGCGGACUGUGGUUUUGGAGCUGUCCAAGGGUGGUCCGGAGUUUGUGCGGAAUGCUAAUAGUGUGCCCAAAGUAAUCGAUCUUACGGAUGCUAAGACCCAACACCGCCGAACCGUGACAAUUCUGAUGCUGAAUGGAGCUAAGGUCAGCAUCGUCUGCAAUCCUACAACGACCGUAGCAAGGCAGGUCUUCGAAGCCAUCAUCCGGAUGGAGAAGCUGUCGGAAAAUUUCUUCCUUGGUCUGUGUGCCCUGAUCGGCGGUGACUUUGUCUUCCUUCCGCACGAUCUUAAAAUCUAUAAGGUUGCACCGCAAAUCUGGGUCAACACAUCGAAAAAAGCCGCCUCGCUGGGUGAGAAUGUUGUCUUCACACUUUAUCUACGGAUAAAGUUUUUCCUACCAACGUUACGCGGUGUCAGCUGUUUGGAAUCCCGCCAUCUCCUGUAUCUGCAGCUGCGCAAAAGCAUCCUGGAGCGGCAGGUUCUCUGCUCCGAGGACGAUCUCAUCACGCUGGGUGGACUGGCGCUUCAGGCGGAAGUUGGAAGCUUCAAAGAGAAUAUGAAAUACAACGAAUACUUCACCAUCUCGCACUACCUACCGGAGGAGGUUUACCGAAAAAAGAAGGAACUAGCAAAAUACCUUCGCAAUUCACAUUUCUGCAAGCGAGGGCUGCACCAGAUGGAGGCGGAGCACAAUUUCAUCCGUUACGUUCAGGAAUUGAAGGAGUACGGGUUGCAUCUGUACAGCGCUACGUGGACGACGGAUGAGAACAUUACGUUGGAAGUUUACGUGGCCAUUUCGCUCAGCGGGGUAGCCAUCUUCGAGCGUAAUUUGAAGUUUAAUCCGAGGGGAGCUCAGCAGGAAUUUAGCAACGGAAAGAACUGCUUCCAGCGGCAUCUGUACGCGUUCUUUGAUUGGUUGGAGAUUGAAAAUAUUUGCUUCUCGAAGCAUGUGUUUUGUGUAGUUGUGCGCCGAACUGAAAGCUUGAGUCCGAAGGAUAAGACCCGGGUCAAGUACAAGCUGCGAAUGGAUGGCAGGAAGAGCUACUUCGCCUUCAACCUCGCCUCGGAACACCACAAGUUCUACAUGAAGCUACGCAACUCGUUCGUCUCUAUCAAGGCCCUCUCGAGCGAGCUUAACAUCCCGAUUGUCACUGACUCCGGGCGCACGACCCUAGUGACACCCCCAGCGGACAAGGCAACCGCAAAACCCAAACUAGCCGUAUCCGAGGUCGACGAAAAGGCGGCCUUCGACGCCAAACACGUGGAUAAAAUCGACAAACCACUAAAAACUACCACGGCCCUGCGAGUACGCAAUCUCAAAAAAUCCAUGCUGAACGACAACCGGCUAACGAAACUACGCCAAAAAUUCCUACUGAAACGUUCAAAAUCCUCCGUUGAAGGAGCCGCUCCCGCUUCGUCGGCACUGAACGAAACCGUCGAGAUCGCCAACCAGCAGAAUCAGAACAAAGAGAAUGAGAAUCCGGCCCUGGGUGGUAAUGGUAGUGGUUCACCUCCGAUCUAUCCGUCUUCGUCGGAACUGAGUUUGUCAUCGCCGGACGAUUCGGCGAAAACCCGGAACCGAGUCAAGAUGGGUACUCGAGUGUUUUCGACGCAGUUCCUUAACAAGUCGUUCGAUAAUUUGUACGAUCAUCCGCUGAGCGGUGCCAAUUCCUAUCAGAAUCUGGCUAAUGGAAGUUUUAAUGAAGAUGAAGAAACGUUGAUGGAUUACGAUCGAAUGGUUCGGGUUGAUCCCAGGCAGCUGAUCGAGAGUAGCGUGGAUGAUGCUUUGUCCGUUAAAAGUAGCAUGGGUUCGAUGUAUUUUAUGGAGAAGAUUGAUGAAAAAUCUGUUGGUGGAAGCGAGGAGACUUUGUCGCCGAAGGCUUGUGUGAUCCAAUCAAACAUCCGCGGCGAAAGCAGUCACUUUGACCUACCGAACGAAACCAUCUCGGACACGCUGAUGGAAAAAUUCAACAACCUGAGCUGCAGUGCAGCGAUCAACGAUCGCAUCCUGACGUCCGUGAUAGUGGUGAAAGAUUUCAUUAAUCCCAACGAAAGACAUCGAGGACCACAUCACCAUCAUCAUCAUAACCAUCACCAGCAGCAACAGCAGCAAACCAAAACGCAAAUGUUAACGCGAAAGCGAUCGUUCCUAUCGCGCAGUCAGGAAUCGGUUCUGUUUCGGAAGGGUGCCGGUUCUCGGCUUAUCGCCUUCGGCGGCGGCGAUGAUCUCAGUUCGGAUGGAGGAAUAGCUGAUUGUGGUAGCAGCGGGGAGGAUGGUAGAGGGGCACGGUAUACGCUCGGGAUCAGUAUCGUUCAGGGUAACGAUAAUACGGUGUACGUGAAGGAUCUGGUUCCGAGUGGGCCGGGGGCUCGGGCUGGCGUGCGGAUUGGAGAUCAGAUCAUCGCCGUGGACGGCCGUUCCCUGCUAAACCUACCAUACAGCGAAUCCCUAGCCGUUCUACAAAACACGGGCCGAACAGUAGAACUGGUCCUAUCACAAAUCUAUCGCCGACCGGCUCUCAGUGCGAGCUCCCUUAACAUCAGCAACUGCCAGUUACCGAACAGUGUCUAUCACGUGGAACCCACCGCCGCCGAUCUUUACCCCUCCAAGCUGGAAGCUGUCCAGUUAACCGUACCCAAGGGCAACAAUUUGUACAUCAAGAAUGGGAUGCAACACAGUCCCCCCUUACAGCACCGCCAACAACCAUCAUACGACGACAUCGGAAACCAUUUCGAGGCUAUUCGAUCAUUCUACCAACAGCAGCAGAACCAACCCGCAAAUCUACAGCGACUCAGCAAGAACGUCCCGGAUAUUCUACGCACGAGAAAUGUUGGAUCCCUCGGAGGAACGUUGAGUCCAUCGAAGAGUAUGCCCGAUCUGCCAAAGAUCCUGCAAGCCUACACCAAACCGACCUCGGUCAGUCCCAGCUCGUCGUCCGGUAGUGGUUCCUCCUCGACGACACUAUCCCGCGGAUCAUCAUCGUCUCGGUCUCGGUCGCAACCGAAAUCCCUACCGGCACCGAAAUCGAUGAUGGGUUUGCUGCUGCUGUCACGCAAAUAUACCGGGCCAACCCGUUACCCCGUUACGCCGGCGAAGGAUUGCCUUCGGACGAUGCUUCCGGUGAGGCCUAGCAGCGGCGGAAAGGUACAGCUGUCCCUAUCGAAUGCAUCCGAGGAUGAGCAGGUGUUUAUCUAGCUUCUCGUGUGUGCGUGUCUGUGUUCUAUGUUUCUAUAGUUUUGUGUUGCUGUUUGUUUUUUCCAUUUUUGUUUAAAGAUACUUGUGUAAUAUUAGCGCGUAAGACGUUGAGUGUAAUUUUCUUUUUUGGCUGUUUUGUGCUUUGUAAGCAACUGGAAAAAAACUGUUAUAUUUUAUAUUUAGUUACUAGCUUUCUUAAUAGCUGUUUAGGUUAAUUGUUUCAUUCUCUACAUUAAGGUCGUGCUUCCAUGUACUCCUAUUACUGUUCCCGAAAGGAACUUAUCUGUUUCAGCGCACAAACCCAAAAACGGGAAAAGAUAGUUUAUAAUAAUUAAUUAAAGUCGGAAACUUUUCCGUGAUUGAAGCGUAAUUUGUGUUGUGU